AGUUUUAUACUAACAGAGACUAAUUGAAUAAAUUACAUCGUACGUGUAAGUAAUUGUGGUUGCAAAGUAUGGAGGUUUGGCCUUUCUUCGUCAAGAGAAAGGGAUGGGACGGUUUCAUUUGUCUCGUUUUAGUUUUCUAACAUAUUUACAGUACUUCAAAGAGUAGCAGCUUGUGUGAGACGGUCACACAAUCCCAGCGACACUAAAUAUGAGACUUGAGGUGAGGGUUUAGUUUGACCCCAGGAAGCUUUCUCUUUCAAGUGAUAAUUUACAACAUGGCGGGUACUAGCGUUCACAGAAAUCGGUUACCUUCAGGUUAUGACGAGGACUUUGUGAAUGCAGUUGAAGAUGAAAAUCUCUGUUUAAUAUGUCAUUUGCCACUCAAGGAACCAUUUCAAACGAGAUGCGGUCACAGGUUUUGUAAAGAAUGCCUCGAGGAACAUUUUAGAAGGCAAGGAGCUCAAGAAAAACCUAUAACUUGUCCCGCCGACAGGGAGGGUCUGGACCGAGACCGGGAUGUUUUUCCUGACAAGGCAACAGAAAGGAAGAUUCUUUCUUUUGCCAUCAAAUGUCCAAGCGAUGGUUGUCAAUGGACUGGUGAACUGAGAAGCAAAGAGGUAAAAAGCCUUUUCUACUUAAUGGCUUUAUAG